AGCUAUCGAUACCUAACAUCAACAACAACCUGUAGCAACGAUACCUAAAUCACAGUGCUGUCAUUUGGCGUAGCAUAAAGGUUUUUUAGCGUGUAACACAACUAUAACCUGCUGUGUGUGUUUACUAGCCGAACUUUAACUUGACUAAUAGGUAACGUUAUCUACCCUAAACAGCUAACGUUUCAUCUUUUGUUUCUAGUUUAUUUCUCAGAACUGGGGUUAUCCUAAAUAACUCAAAUUAAAAGGAUAUGGCAGAUAAAGAACUUUGCCUAAUCGACAAGAACAUAUCAAGCUUAUUAGAUGUUCCACUGAAUCCCAACCUUACAAUACUCAAUCUUCACUGUAACCACAUACCAAAAAUCGAGGGUUUGACUGAAGUUUGGCAGCUGCGACAUCUUGAUCUAUCAUCCAACCGUAUAACACAAAUCAACGGUUUAGGAAAUCUUUCCUCCUUACGCACCCUAAACCUAUCCUGCAACUUAAUCACAAAGGUUGAAGGUCUUGAUGUGUUGAUAAAUCUCACCAGAUUGAACUUGUCAUAUAAUCGCAUAUGUGAUCUCACAGGCCUCUUGUACCUCCAUGGCUCAGAAUAUCAACUAAAGCACCUCCAGCUCCAUGGCAACCGCUUGGACAACAGUAACCAUCUACUGCAGUGCAUGGUGGGACUGCAGAACCUUAAAGAUGUCACGCUAACGGCUGACACUGUUAAUGCUCCUCAAAAUCCAGUUUGUGCUCUUCCAGGAUAUAGGGAUACAGUCUUAGAAUCCCUGCAACAGGUGUUCAUCCUAGAUGGAGUUGACCGUUUCGGCAACCCUGGAGAAGACAGCCCCACUGAUAUCCCGGGUUUAGAGGACUUUCUCGAGCACCUGUUAUGCACAGAUACCAAUGUUGACACAAACAGGAGAGCUGACAGGCCCCGUAGUGCGCCCCAGACUGAUGACGUCCUGGCCCAGUUUGGCAACAAGACUGGGCCAGGCAGAGGACCUGGAGCUCCAGCAGCUGUCAAACCUGGCCCAACCACAACACACUCUGCCUCCAGAAACCAUAUCAACGAACAGCGCAUUAAGAAACUGGAACAGCAGGUGUCCCAUCUCUUCCAGAAGGUGCCUGAGAAAGGUGGCUCCACAUCAAGCACUUCCAGCCCUCCUCUGGCUCUGAGGGCGAAGAGGGACACAGAUCUGACAUCCGAGAGUGACUGCGACAGCGGGAAGGAGAACCGGCGGCGUUCCAAAAUCCCGAAGCAGACCAGGAGUUCCCCAGGGAAAAAAGCCAACAAGGACACAAGAGGCAAACCAUCAGCCAUCAGUGGUUCAGAUACACAUAAAUCAAGUAGCUCAAAGUUCCCUAUGGGCCAGACAAAGAGGCAAGGGGUCCAUUUAUCAUCCCCUGGGACGACCAGGAAGGGCUUGAAAAAUGCAGCAUCAAGGGAGGCAGAUGAAAGGAAAUCAAACAAAGGCGAGGAGGAGACCUACAGGGCUAUCGUGGAGGAGCGUGAUCAGGAGAGGGAGCGGCGCUGGAAGGCAGAGCAGGCGGUGAGGAAGCUGACGGAGCAGCUGAAGAGCCUGCAGACCCGCGCUAGUGAGGAGAAAGACCUGCAGAGCAUGGCCCUGCACACCACAGAGAGGCUGAAGGAGCUGCUGCUGAAGGAGCGCUCUGAGCGCUCGUCCCUGCAGGCCAGAGUGGAGGAGCUGGAGGACAGGCGGGGCGACCGGGCCGAGCAGCUGGAGCUGACGCGCAGCCGGGAGGACCAACUGAAGAGGGCGCUGCGCAGCUUGGAGGACCAGGUGGCCCAGGCAGAGGCCCUCAGGGCCCAGCAGCAAGCGGAGGAGAUGAAGCGCUGCAAAGAGCUUGAGAACAGGGCUGCUGCUCUCAAGAGGGAGGUGGAGAUCCUGAGGGCGACACUGCGACAACAAAAGGACAAAGUACAACAGCUGCAUGAACUUCUGGUGUCCAGAGAACAGAUCCACAGGAAGGAGCUGGAGUCGCGGCUGCUCCCUGACAGUGCACAGUAUCGAGAGGCGCUGGGGAAGGAGGUGGCUCUCGCCGAGCAGAGGCACGAGCACACGCAGACUGCCCUCAAGUGCAAACUGGAGGAGAGUCGACAGCAGUACGCCGCCCUGGAGGACGAGUUCCGUAUGGCCCUCACCAUUGAGGCAGCUCGCUUCAACGAGGUGAAGACUGCUUUCGACCACGCCAGCAGGGAGCUGGCUGAGCUGAAGGCCUCCCUGGCCCAGUCCCAGCAGCAGGAGCAGAAGUCUGUGGCUCUGGUGCAGGAGCUCACUACCAUGGUGAGGGAGCAGAAGGACCGCAUCGCUGAGGUCACCAAGUCGCGAAAGGAGGCCAUCACUGACCUGAAGUCCCGCAUCCAGUCUCUGGAGGAAGCAGCAGAGAAGGACCGGAGUCUGGGCUUGCAGGUGGAGCUUCUGAAGAAGGACAAGGCCAGGCUGGUCGCCCAGGUCGCCGCACAAGAGUCUGUCAUUGAUGGCCUCCGAUCUGAGAGGAAACUCUGGGGACACGAGCUGGCGCAACAGGGGGCAUCUUUAGCCCAAGACAGAGGUCGUCUGGAAGCAAAGAUUGAGGUUCUGUCUAGUGAGCUGGAGACACAGAAGAAGCAGAAUGAGCGCGACAGUGACGGGCUGAGGAUCAAAGCCAAGAUUGUGGACGAUCAGACGGACACUAUCCGCAAGCUCAAAGAGGCGCAGCAGGAGCGUGAUGAGCAGCUACAUCGGCAGCGUGAAGAGGGGGCGCUGGCAGAGCGGCGCUUUCAGCAGAGGCUGAAGGAGGAGACGGCCCCAGUGGUGGAGCUCCGUGACCGUCUGGAGCAGCUCAGCCUCCGCAAGGAGGAGCUCAAGCAGCAGCUGGAGGACAAGGAGGCCGAACUGGAGGAGGUCAAAGAGGCCUACAGGGCUUCUAAUAACAAAUGGCAAGAGAAGGCUGGCUUACUCAGCAGGCUUGAGACUCAGGUGAAACGCAUGAAGGAACAUUUUGACUCCAAAGAGAAAACCCUGCUGGAGGAGAGAGACAAAGCAUUGCAGGGUCACAAAGGUGCUGUAGAGAAGUUGCGGAAUGCAGAUGAUGCUUUUCGCAGACAGCUGGAGACUCUUCAGGCCUCCCAUCAGACUGAGCUCCUGCACCUCAUCAAUGACAAACAGAAACAGAUUGAGCUGGCCAAUCACAAGGUGAUUGAAGUGGAGGAGGAAAUGCGGCACCUAUUGGAGGAGACCGAGAAUACCAAACGGAUGAUGGAAGAGAAAAUGAGACGUCUCACCAGCGUAUUGAAAGAGUUCUGACCAAAUGUUUUGUUGCAUUAUCAGGACAGCGCAAAUUUGUGCUUUUCUUUCUUUUAGUCCCUGUUUUGCACGUACAUUUGUAAAUAACACGUUAUGAGGAGCAGUGAUGUUGUAUCAUAAGUUAUCUAUGCUAAGUUAUUUUAAUUAUGUUUGUCUUGGAUGAGUUUUACAACCUGAUCUAAUUUGUGUUUAUCUCUUUGAAUGUCUUUACACGUUUAAUGGAAACUGUAACCAACGUGGCUUGUGUGUCCAGGAAAACUGUGACUACAUCGUUAGUGAAAUAAAGUACAUGUCCUGUCAAAA